AUGUCAGUGUCUUAAUUGUUAAUUAAAUUAUACCAUCUAGUAGCAGAUCAAAGUGAUAUCACAUCAUUCUAAAAUUUUAUCAAAUCACAAAACUUAAUUCAACAACUUACUAUCAUCAUAGAACAUAUUUAAAAUAACAGAAUUAAGAAGGAUUACAAAGAAUUAGAAAAACAAUUACAGAAAUAUGAAUCUGAAGUUAGAGCUAAUAUUAGAGUAAAAAAACUAAUUAUUUAUUUUAUAGGAAUCCUAUCUAAUGAAUUAGAAGUAUGAUGAUAUGAAAAAUUAAAUAAAAUAGUUACAAUAAGAUAGACACGAAUUAUUACAGAAUACAAAAAAAACUUUGAAUGUAUUAUUCAUUCGAUAUCUAGUUAUUAGAAAUUAAAAAAGGAGAAUGA